GUUAUUGGGCCAGAAGACGAAACCCGUUAAAGAAGCUAAUCGGGUCGGAUCUUCAGAAGGUAGUUGAUAAGUUAAAAAUCUGUUUCAAGGGGAGCUCCGAACAACCACAAGGAACCGUCGCCGGCCACCGGAGAUCAGAUUUAAUUUGAUUGGCGAUAUCGAUCUAAACAUCAUGGGGUUUGUCGUUACAACCCUAACUUUCAUCGUGAUCGGGAUCGUUGCCUGCUUUUGCACACGUGUCUGCUGCAAUAAAGGCCCUUCUGCGAAUCUGUUCCACCUUACAUUGGUGAUUACUGCUACUAUAUGCUGUUGGAUGAUGUGGGCAAUUGUUUAUCUUGCACAGAUGAACCCACUCAUAGUCCCAAUUUUGAGUGAAGGAGAAUGAAGCAACCUCAGAAAGCAAAUGCAGUAACAACCUCCUUCUUGGCCUUUUAGCAUUUGUGAAUUAAAUUAAGGAUGGGAUGGAUCUGAAUUUAAUGAGGAGUGAUUUUUUCUGAAUUUAUUUAAUUCAAAAUAGUAAUAUGUUAAAGAUUGGUAUGAACUGCAAACAUCUUUGCAUUUAAUUAUCUUGCUAUUUGUUAUAUGAGGAUUUAAUGCUCUGUUACUUGGCUUUCUUGUUCAUUCUUGAGCUUGUGGAAUAAAAUAAAUUUGAUUUUUUAA